AAAAGCUGCGGAAAAUUUCUCAAAAUUUUCAAAUUGUUCUCUGCAUAGAGAUGAAUGAGCAAUCUGCGUGGAUGAUGAAUCAACAGCAACAGCAGCAGAUGAUGAGUAUGAGCCAGAGCCAAAUGAUGGGGAUGAAUUCGCAUCCGCAGUUACAGCAGCCGCCGGUGAGCUACGGGAUGUGGCCACAGGCGCCUCAGGGGAAGCAAUCGAAACCACUGCGACCACGGAGUAAUUGGAAGGGUAAGAAAAUGAAUAAGAUUGACAAGAGAAUGGAUGUAGGAAGAAGGAAUGAGAAGUCGAUGCUCAUCGGUACUAAAAAGAAGGCCCGAAGAUUUUUCCCUAAAAAGAAGUUUCAUAAUUUGAAUUUGAAUAAUAAUAAUAACAACAAUAGGGAUGCACCCUUUGCUCCUCGGAAUACAACAUCAUUUAUUAUCAGGGCAAAGAAGAGUGGUGGGAUUGCUUCAUUAGUCUCCCCAUAUCUUGUGACACCGGCUGUGCUUCCAACACCUAAUUUCUCCCCAUCAAGGGAAGUUGUGGUGGAUAUGGCUAAGGAGGAGUGGGGAUUGGAUGGAUAUGGAUCAAUGAAGGGUUUGAUUAGACUGAGAUCUCCUGGUCAUGAAGAUGAGGAUGAAGAGGAUGGAGAGCCUAGUGAGAGUGAUGUGGAGGAACAUGUUGAGAUGGAAAGAAGGUUGGACCAUGACUUGAGCCGUUUUGAGAUGAUUUAUCCAAACCAUAGUGCAGACUACAACAACGUUUUGGAGAACUUAAUUCUCAAGGAGAGGCUGUUGUUGAUGGAGAGAGAGUUGAUUGGGUGAUCUGAUCUGAGGAGGAGAUUGCAGAGUCUUGAGAGGCAGAAUAAUGGAGAAGCAGUGGCAAAUGAAUCUGAUAGUGAAACUGUGAACCUAAAAUCAGAUAACACUAAUGAAACUGCUGAGAGUGAAUUGAAGGGAACAUUAUAUUAAUUAUAUUGUUAAAGGAACUCAGCAACACUGGAAUAAUGAGACUUUUGAAUUGAAGAAGCUGAGGCUGAUGACAAUAUAAAUAUAUAAUGGAGCUAAGGCUGCAGAAAGCAAGCACAAGAAGAGUGACAUGGAUUUGCAAGAGAAAGAAGACAAGAAGCAACAGGAUGUUGACAUGAAGGAAGACACUGAUAGACUCAUUGUUGAGAAUGAUGAACUCUCUCUUGUUGAUGUUAGUAUGUAUCAAGGAGGCUUC